GUCGCGUUACCCUCUAAUUGGAACGCAGCCAUCGUCGUUGGAGAGCGUUGUUUCGGUUCUCUCUUUCCCAGGUUAUACACGUGUUCAUACAGAAUAUUCAUACCAGCGUAAUAACUGUAUGAAAAUAAUUAUCGUAUGUAUUGAGUUGCAAAAACAACGUAGCAAUUAUGUUGGUGCUGUUCGAAACAGCGGCAGGAUAUGCGAUCUUCAAGUUGCUGGAUAAUAAUAAACUUGAACAGUCGGAAAAUCUAUACCAAGAUUUUGCAACGCCGGAAGACGCCCAUGGAAUUAUUAGCUUACAGCACUUUUACAAGUUCGAAGACACGACUGAAGCAUUGUUAGCUAUUACAGCAGCUGUGGAAGGUAAACUAUGCAAAUCUUUGAAGAAAGCUCUCAGGAAACACUGUGAGAUGCAUGAACAAAUAGCAGUCGCUGAUGUCAAACUGGGUAAUGCCAUAAAGGAUAAAUUAGGUUUGAAUUUUAUAAGUAAUACAGCAGUACAGGAGUUAAUGAGAGGCAUCAGGAGUCAGUUGGACAGUCUGCUAGGUGGAGUACCCAAGAAAGAAAUGACUGCUAUGAGGUUAGGCCUGGCACAUAGCCUUUCUAGAUAUAAAUUGAAAUUCUCACCUGACAAAGUUGAUACUAUGGUAAUACAAGCAGUAAACUUGCUGGAUGAGUUGGAUAAGGAAUUAAAUAACUACAUGAUGCGAUGCCGUGAGUGGUAUGGCUGGCACUUUCCAGAGCUGAGCAAAAUCAUCCAGGAUAAUAUGGCUUAUGUGAAAACAGUACAAAUUAUCGGUAUACGAGACAAUGCUGUAGAUUGUGACUUGUCAGACAUCCUGCCCGAGGAGAUCGAAAAACAAGUGAAGGAGGCUGCAGAGGUUUCAAUGGGUACGGAAAUCUCCAAUGAAGACGCUGAAUUCGCGCAGUAUCUAUGCAGUGAGAUAAUACAACUGUCCGACUACAGAAGUCAGCUAUUCGACUAUUUGAAGUCCAGGAUGAUGGCAUUGGCGCCAAAUCUGUCGAUACUCGUAGGUGAACUGGUUGGUGCACGUCUCAUGUCGCAUGCUGGUUCUCUCGUCAAUCUUGCCAAGCAUCCGGCGUCCACCGUGCAGAUUCUAGGCGCGGAGAAAGCGCUCUUUCGCGCACUUAAGACAAAGAAAGAUACGCCUAAAUAUGGUCUGAUCUAUCAUGCGAAUCUUAUCGGGCAAUCUUCGAAAAAGAACAAGGGCAAGAUGUCCAGGAUGUUGGCGGCUAAAGCUUCUUUGGCGACGAGAUUUGAUGCAUUGGGCGAGAGCACCAACUUCGAUCUCGGUGUGGAACAUAAGCAGAGGCUGGAGGCACGAUUGCGGCUCCUCGAAGAAGGAAACAUACGUAGAAUUAGUGGUACUGCUAAAGCGAAAGCUAAAUUCGAGAAGUAUCAUAGCAAGAACGAGUACGCACAGUAUCCUACGUCCAUUGAUUCAACCUUACAGAAGGAAACUAAACACAAACCCUUAAUUGAAGAGAUCAAAGAAGAGCCACAGCAAGACAACGAGGAAGUUGAUAAGAAGAAAAAGAAAAAGAAGAAGCUUAGCUUGGACAUUAAGACAGAAGAAACAGAAGAGACACAAAUAAAACCGUCGGCAGAACCGACUGACGAAACGAAAAAGAAGAAAAAGAAACGUAGCUCAGUGAUCGCGACAGAGGACGCAGGAGAAUCUUCUGUUGUGCAAGAAACGCAAGUGAAAACUGAAAUGACUGACGAACCGAAGAAGAAAAAGAAAAAACGUAGUUUAAUAAUCGCAACAGAGGACACAGAAGAGUCUUCUGCUGUGCAAGAGGCGCAAGUAAUAACCGAGCUGACUAAUGAAUCGAAAAAGAAAAAGAAGAAACGUAGCUCAGUGAUCGCAACAGAGGACAUAGGAGAGUCUUCUGGUGUGCAAGAAGCACAAAUAGAACCUGAAUCAACCAACGUAUCGAAAAAGAAAAAGAAGAAACAUAGUUUAGUGUUUGAAACAGAGAUGUCUUCUGCUGUACAAGAUGAGGAAGAUCCAUGUCCUGUACCGAAGAAAAAGAAGAAACGUAGCUCAUUGAUCGCAACGGAAGGUGUAGGAGAAUCUUCUGGUGUGCAAGAAGCACAAAUAGAAACUGAGUCAACUAAUGUAUCAAAAAAGAAGAAGAAACAUAGCUUAGCGUCUGUAACCAUGGGGUAAAUAAAACGAUUAUUAUAAAAAUA